AUGGAGCUGCGGGCCUCCGCGUCCUGGGCUCGCCCGCAGGAAGGCCCCGGGGACGCCGAGGCCGAGCGGCCGGAGCCCGGGGCGGGGGCCGGGCCGGGCACCCCCGGCCCCGGCGCGCUGCGGGCCGCCCUGUUCCUGCGCUGCCUCUGCCUGGUGGGCUUCCUGGACUUGUUUGGUGUCAGCAUGGUGGUGCCUCUAUUGGGCCUUCACGUCAAGUCUCUUGGAGCGAGUCCCACUGUGGCUGGGAUAGCAGGCUCCUCCUAUGGCAUCUUGCAGCUCUUGUCUAGCACCCCCGUGGGCUGCUGGAGUGAUGUGAUUGGACGACGGUUCUCCUUGCUGGUGUGCAUUCUCUGCAGUGCCCUGGGUUACCUCAUUCUUGGAGUAUCCACCAACAUGUUCCUGUUUGUCCUCGCCAGAGUCUCUGUGGGUAUUUUUAAACAUACCCUCUCCAUUUCAAGGGCCAUGCUUUCUGACCUGGUUCCAGAGAAGGAGCGGCCAUUAGCCAUUGGACAGUUAAACACAGCGUCUAGUGUGGGCUUCAUCUUGGGCCCCGUGGUCGGUGGCUAUCUUAGUGAACUGGACGGUGGAUUUUGUCUAACGUGCUUCAUCUGUUUCUCUGUCUUCGUUCUCAAUGCUGGUCUCGUGUGGCUGUGUCCAUGGAGUGAAGCCAGCAUCCGGAACACAAGGAGCAGCCUGAGGCUGGGGGAAAGCCGUGCCCCUUCGGGGAAGACCGGCCGUGCUGGACCAGAAGCCAGCCCAGGGCCCGGCGCGGAGGGCGCGGAGGGCGCGGAGGCCCGCGGGCCCUGGGCGGAGGGCGUGGCCGCGCUGCAGCACCUGCGGAGCCUGGUGACCUCGGAGAUGGGGGACGUGCUCCUGGUGCGCCUGCUGAUGGCGUUGGCCGUCAUGCUGUACCACAGCAACUUCGUCCUGGCCCUGGAGGAGCGCUUCGGGGUGCGGCCUAAGGUGACGGGCCACCUCAUCAGCGGCUGCAGCGCCCUGGGGGCCCUGGCCGGCCUGACCCUGGGGCCGCUCCUGCGGCUGUACCGGCACGACUGCCCGCGGCUGCUGCUGCACUCCAGCUCCCUCACCUGCCUGCUGCUGCUGCUCUUCGCCGCCGCCCCCACCGCGGGCGCCGCCGCGGUCCCCGCCCUGCUGCUGGCCUUCUCCACGGCCGUGGGCAGGACGUGCAUCACGGACCUCCAGCUGGCCGCCGGCGGGGCCCGGGCCGGGGGCGCCCUCAUAGGCCUGGGGCAGUCCGUGACGGCCGUGGGCCGGGUCGUGGCCCCCCUCCUCUCCGGAGUCGCCCAGGAGUUCAGUCCCUGUGGCCCCCCCAGCCUGGGGGCCGCGUUGGCGCUGGCGGCUGUUUCCAUAAUGCUGCUGCACAGACUCCGCUAUGGCGGGGACGGCAGCGGCAGGUUAAAGAGUGAAUAG